AUGUCAGAAGUGCGAACUGGAUUCCUAACCAUGACAACAAUAAUCUUGAUAAGUAUAGGCCUCACAAUGAUGGGAACAGGUCUAUACCAAAAAACAACAAUGUCUUCUUGCAUCCGAGAAACCUCAAGCCAGUUCACGUUACUCGGUCUGCUUCUUCUGCUGAUUCCUCAGAUCGGUCUAUACGGAAUCUGUUGCCGCUCCAAACGCCUUUUCAAUUUCUUCUUCUACGGCAUGGUUGUGCUCAUUAUCAUUGUAUCUUAUUAUUCAAUCAAAUGUUCCAUUUACAACACCACUUUUGGCAUAGCUAAGAAUCCCGCCAAGGACAACCGUACCGUGCCACAGUUACUUGGUAGGUUGGUCUCUAAGGAGAAGUUCGAGAAAGUAACCUAUUGUAUCAUUCACAAACAUGACUGUAAUUACAAUGCCAGCAAAAACAGCAAUGUUUGGAAGUAUUGCUGUGCACAACCGGUGGGAUGUGGGACCAUAACGAUGUUCGACAAGCCAGGCGAGUGGAGUUGGAAACAUCAGUAUGAACGGAACCAAGUUCCAGAAGAGUGUUCUUAUGAGUAUUGUUUAGAUUGCAGAGGCUGCCAACUAAGCAUCUUAAAAGCCAUUGUUCAUCAAUGGAAAUAUCUCUCGAUGUUUGCUUACCCUGCUCUAGUCCUUUCCUGCAUCAGUCUUGCUAUAGCUUGGUCUCUCAAGGAGACUAUCCACGAAAACGAAGAUUAUCGAGGUUCUUAUAGUUGA